CGCCAUCUCUCCUGCAUCAGCUCUCAUCUGCUUCUGACACACGGCGCAACUUUUUCCGGUUGGACUCUGGAGACGUGGCUCUAUUUCUUCAAUAUUACGAGUCAAGCUAUAUGCUACUGUUGAAACAGAGCGUUAGGCACCACUCUGACAUUUUCUGUUUUUGAUACAUCUGGACAGACAGUGUCCGUGACUGAGUCCACUGACGGAUCCUCGUGUGAAAGGGAACAGAAAUGGUGCUCUUGGCAGCGGCGGUUUGCACUAAGGCAGGAAAAGCCAUAGUGUCACGACAGUUCGUAGAGAUGACGCGAACCCGCGUCGAGGGCCUUCUGGCUGCCUUUCCCAAACUGAUGAAUACAGGCAAGCAGCACACUUUUGUGGAAACAGACAGUGUGCGCUAUGUCUACCAGCCCCUGGAGAAGCUCUACAUGGUUCUGAUCACUACAAAAAACAGCAACAUCCUGGAGGACUUGGAGACACUAAGGCUUUUCUCCCGAGUGAUCCCUGAAUAUUGCAGAGUAUUGGAGGAAAGCGAGAUCUCGGAGCACUGUUUUGAUCUCAUAUUUGCAUUUGAUGAGAUCGUAGCUCUGGGAUACCGGGAGAAUGUUAACCUGGCCCAGAUUCGCACUUUUACUGAGAUGGACUCGCAUGAAGAGAAAGUCUUCAGGGCUGUCAGAGAGACCCAAGAAAGAGAAGCAAAGGCCGAGAUGAAACGCAAGGCCAAAGAGCUGCAGCGAGCAAGACAAGAUGCUGAACGUUCUGGAAAGAAAUCGCCAGGCUUCGGAGGUUUUGGAAAUUCAGGAAUGAGCAGCGUCACAUCAGCCACCAUCAUCAUGGAUACAAUAGAGCCAGAGAAGCCCAAAGUGUCUUCUGCUCCUGUCAGGCCGAGUGGUUCGAGUAAAGCACUGAAGCUGGGUGCCAAGGGGAAAGAGGUGGAUAACUUUGUGGACAAACUAAAGUCAGAAGGAGAAAAUAUUGUCUCAUCCAGUGCAGGAAGGAAGGCAUCAGAGGCAUCUAAAGUCCUUCAGCCUCCAGUGAAUUUAGAGAGUGUUCAUCUGAGGGUGGAAGAGAAGAUCUCUCUGACCUGUGGUCGGGAUGGUGGACUGCAGAACAUGGAGGUUCUGGGUAUGAUCACUCUGAAAGUCACAGAUGAAAAAAAUGGCCGCAUUUCUAUACUCCUCAACAAUAAUGACAAGAAAGGAGCCCAACUACAGACUCACCCUCAUGUUGAUAAAAAGCUGUUCACCACUGAGUCCCUGAUUGCUCUGAAAAACCAGGAUAAGUCCUUCCCUCUCAACAGUGAUUUGGGGGUGCUGAAAUGGAGAUUACAGACCACAGAUGAUUCCCUCAUUCCUUUAACUAUUAACUGUUGGCCGUCAGAAAGUGGAAGUGGCUGUGACGUGAACAUUGAGUAUGAGCUUCAGGACGAGGGACUCGAACUCAAUGAUGUUAUCAUUACUAUUCCUGUGCCGUCAGGUGUAGGUGCACCAGUGGUUGGUGAUCUGGAUGGGCAGUAUAACCAUGACAGCAGGAAAAACAUCCUGGAAUGGUCACUUCCCGUUAUCGAUGAGAAGAACAAGAGUGGCAGCCUGGAGUUCAGCAUAGAUGGCAAACCCAACGACUUCUUCCCAAUCAAUGUUUCUUUUGUCUCCAAGCGUAACUUUUGUGACAUUCAGGUGGCCAAGGUGACAUACGUAGAAGGAGGCAGUCCAGUCAAAUUCUCCUCAGAGACGUCAUUUGUUGUGGAUAAGUAUGAGAUCCUGUAAAUGUUUCCUGGUGGAAGAUCGUUUUAACUUGCCAGCCAGCUUAACAGAUCAGAGAGCGUGCUGUACGUUAACAGAGCUCUCAAAAAACAUUCUCUGACAUGGGCUGCAGUUCUUCUGUGAUUGUUUGUCUUAAAGGAAAAUAAUCUACUUUUAUAUAAACUGGACUUUCAGCUGCUCACUACUAAGUGCAGUCAGCCACACCUGCCAGAAAAGACAAAAAAAAGAGUAAAAUACAGCACUGCACCUGAAGACAUCAAGGGAAGAUCAGUGUCAUCUACAGCAGAUUAAUUAUAUGUCCAUAUGAGCCCUCCUGACCCUUCAAAGAAAUAGAAUAAAAUUGGAAACUUAUAUACUUGUUGCAAAGGCUUUGUAUAGAAUUGCAUUCUAAUUGAUGUUUGUUUGUUUGUUUGUUUUUUUCAAACCACGUGAUCUGCAUCGGCCCGUUAGCAAUUUGGAUUUAUUUCUAAUAAUCAAGUGUUUCCUAUAUGGAAACGGACCUAAAAUUGUAGUACCAAAUGAAUAUGUAGGUGAUGAUUAAAUCAGCUGUGCUUGUGCAAUAAGAACUGACACAGUCCAAAUUCACAUAAUUUUUCAUCUCUUCAUAAUGACAUCUCUGCUGUUAGUAAAUAUGGAUAUAAUUGUCUACAUCAUAAAGCACACAUACUUUUUGCCUUUUAGUAUCUUCCGUUUUUUUCUGUUAUAUUUAUGUAAUCAUUAGUUUGAAGAUUAAUCUAAACAGGAAGAUUUUUCAUUCUGUUUUUUUUGUAAGUAAUGUUACACAUAAUCCGUUUAAAUGUUUCUUGCUUUUUAUUCAUUGCAGCAUUUAUUUGGCUAAACAGGAAAAUAUAUUCUCCCUGGCUUCCCAGAUGUUAUUAAGAACGGAUUUAUUUUUUUGUAUUUCCAUAACGUAAAAUACAUUUAUCAGCACACACUCAAAGAUGAUUACGGAACGCCAAGGGGAGGGUUACGACAUUCCAUUUUGCUGUAAGAUAGUUAUGAGUACCUUUAAUCAAUAAUAAAGUCAAAUCUAAAUUAAAAGUGUA